AUGCUUGAACGCGGUACGCUAGAAGCGGCGAAGACUGAAACGCCCGCCUCUCAAGCGGUUGUUUCGGAUCACUCGGAAAUAGAUCGCGUCCGCGUAACGGUAACAAGCCGGGAUCGACCGGGUAUCACCGCAGCUAUUACAGCUGUGGUGGCGCGAUGCUCCUGUGAGAUCCUCUCCGUGCGUCAAGUAUGCGUGCGUCGACGUCUAACCUUGAUGUUUGAGCUUCUAGUGAAGAACGCGUUUCCACAACAGUCUAUCUUUCGUGAGCUUCUAUUAGUCAGCAAGCGUAUCGGAGUGUCCGUCGAUUUCUCGCUACAGCCGUCAACAGAAAUAUCUUCCGCUGAGGCUUGCAUGCUGCAGCACGCGUCAGAGCAGUACGUCAUUACCGCUAUCGCGGCGGACUCGAUUACUCCGGCGUUUCUCGCUGAUCUUGGGCAGAAAUUGCAAGAACGGAACUUUGUUCUCGAGUCGGUGAACAAGUUGAGCCAGCAUCGCCUCGGCUGCAUUGAACUGGUGGUUUCAUCCCCGGCGUCCUCGUCGUCCAGCGACAUUCAACAGUUUCGCUCGGAGAUGUUUGUGCUUGGGCGCAAGUACGCGACCGAUGUCGCCGUGCAAAAAGAGAGUCUCAUCCGCAAAAGCAAACGCCUCGUGGUCAUGGAUAUGGAUAGCACGCUGAUCCAACAGGAAGUGAUUGAUGAGCUCGCUCGCUAUGCAGGCAAAUUCGAGGCGGUGCAGGAAAUCACGCACCGAGCCAUGUGCGGGGAACUCGACUUUAGAACAAGUCUGUACAAGCGCGUGGAAUGCUUGAAGGGAACGCCCGCCACCGUCUUUCAAAAGGUGAUCGAUCAUCUGGUGUACACGCCUGGUGCGCAUUUCCUGGCACAUUCCUUGAAACGACUCGGGUACAAACUGGCAGUCAUUUCCGGGGGCUUCGCUCCGAUUGCCCAGCACGUGCGACAGACGCUCGGACUUGAUUAUGCGUACGCGAACCAGCUGGAAGUUGGUCCGGACGGGUGUUUUACGGGCCGAACGGUGGGCCCCAUUGUCGACGGCCAACGCAAGGCAGACCUCUUGAUGGCCAUCGCCCAACAGGAGCAGAUCGACCUCGAGCAGACAAUCUGCAUUGGUGAUGGAGCCAACGAUUUGCCAAUGUUAUCGAUGGCGGGUCUCGGCAUCGCCUUCAAUGCAAAGCCUGCUGUCCAGGAGCGGGCAGCUUUUCGUCUCAAUCGCCAAAGCCUCGACUCUGUCCUCUAUUUUCUCGGUAUUCCAGAAUCUGAGCAGAUUCAGUUACGAGAGCACAACGAUGCAUCGUAG